CCCGCUGCUCAGAGAAAGAGGGUGGUGCCGCCGUGAAUAAGGAAGAGGCGGCGGUAUGAUGGAUUUAGUGAUACGGGGCGAAACUCUGGUGCUAGGAGACAAGAUUAUCAACAGCAGACAAAGACCAUAGUAAUGGAUCAAAAAUGAUGAAACUCUUUAGGACCACUAUUGCUUGGAAGACUAGCAGUAAUAUGUUCAUUUUGACAUCAUAGAUAAGUUCCCAAGCAGCUUCCUCUUGCAUUAACAAUUACAGUGAGCGAAUGACAUUGAUACCUACACAUAUAGUCAUCUCAAAAACCAACCGUCCAAGUUAAUUACUUCUGUCAUCUAACUGCAUCCUCAUUCCCGUACAUGAUGCUAUCUCGGAAUAUUGGUCAAUCAGAGAGGUGGAUGUUGGUGUGUUUGCUUAUUUUGGUGUGCAAGCUACUACUAUUGACCCAGUCAAAGCUGAACUAUUUCUGAAUUUUCAGCUACUAGAUAGUCUGCAUUAAAUAGAAUGAAAAUUAGGGAUUGGGGGAAUGUGUCAACAAAAACAAUUUUGUCACUGAGUUUACUUAGUCUGUAUUUGAUUGGGUCAAACUUAGGAGGAAGCUUUACUAACUUCUUGUGACUCCGCCCUCUCUCUCAAUAAUCAAACAACAUAUUUUGAAAUAUUUGUUCUUUGGAAACUUAAACUUUGGCUGCUCUUUCCACAUUUACGGGGCUUGGUAUAAGGAGGGGUUAAGAGAGCUUGAGACUCAUCUCUGAAAGUUGGUUACUUGCACAAAACAACUGCUUCUUGCCCAACUCUCCGACUACUUCUACCAGAGUUUUUCAAAUGCAAAAUCCAAGAUGCAGUUUCCUAAUUCUUUUCAUUCAACUUGUCUCUAUCAUUAGCUUUUGUCACUACACAAGGCAAAUAAGAGGUGAAGAUAAUAACACUAGUGCUGUAAAGGUGGAUGUGGGCAUAAUUCUUGAUCUGGCAACAGAUGUUGGAAAAGUAAUGAAUAUAUCUAUCUUACUAGCCCUUGCAGAUUACCAUGCCAAUGCUAGUCGCGGUGCCAUUAAGAUAGAUCCUCAUUUCAGGGAUUCCAAGAAAGAUGAUGUUGAAGCAGCAUCCGCUGCCAUUUACUUGCUAAAGGAUGUCCAAGUACAAGCUAUCUUUGGGCCACAAAUGUCUACACAAACUGGUUUUGUGAUUGACAUAGGGAACAGAAUAAAAGUCCCUAUCAUUUCUCCAGCAACAAGUCCUUCACUCUCAGUCAAGGAAAAUCCCUUUUUCAUAAGGGGAGCACUUCCUUCUUCCUGCCAGACUAAAGCCAUUGCAGCAAUUGUUAGAAACUAUGAUUGGAGGCAGGUUGUGAUCAUCUACGAGGAUAACUCUUAUGGAACUGGGAUAGUUCCAUAUCUGACUGAUGCUUUACUGGAAAUCAACACUUUAGUCUCCUAUAGAAGUGUUAUUUCUCCUUCAGCCAAUGAUGACCAAAUCCUCAGGGAGCUAUACAAGUUGAAUACAAUGCAGACCAGGGUGUUUGUCGUGCACUUGCAACCAUACCUUGCGUCACGUCUUUUUCUCAAGGCCAAAGAAGCCGGGAUGAUGAGCAGUGGAUAUGCAUGGAUCAUCACAGAUGUUCUAACGAGUCUUCUGGACUCGGUAGAUCAUUCAGUCAUUGAGUCAUCAAUGCAAGGUGUUCUUGGUAUAAAACCUUAUAUUCCAAGAUCAAAUGAGCUUAACAACUACACGAAGAGAUGGAAAAAGAGAUUCCGUCAAGAGUAUCCAGACACGGACCCAGUUGAACUCAAUGUGUACGGGCUAUGGGCAUAUGAUAGCAUCACUGCUUUAACAAAAGCAAUAGCGAAAGUGGGCACUACUAUUAUCCCAAAAUUCAAGAAAGCAGACACUAAAGAGAAUUUAACGGACUUAGAUGCACUUGGAACCUCAGAAUUGGGAUCUCUGCUCCUUGACUCUAUGCAAAACACAACGCUAAAAACAGGACUAAGUGGUGAAUUCCGUAUCAUUGAUGGAGAAUUGCAGCCAUCCCCAUAUGAGAUUGUGAAUAUAAUUGGGAAAGGAGAGAGAAGCGUUGGAUUCUGGACAGAGAAUGAUGGCAUUUCACAUAAAUUGAAGAUGAAUGGUAAAACAGCCAAGAGUAUGAAUGAGCAACUAGCGGCCAUCAUUUGGCCCGGUGAAUCUACCGUUGUUCCGAGAGGCUGGGAAGUACCCACAAGUGGGAAGAAGUUAAGGGUUGGAGUUCCUGUCAAAGGAGGAUUGAAGCAGUUCAUUAAAGUGGAAAUAGAUGCCAAAACACAAGCAGUAACUGCAACUGGUUUCAUUCCAGAUGUCUUCAAAGAAGUCAUCCAAUCUUUGCCAUACGCCAUCCCUUGUGAAUUUAUUCCAUUUUCAAUAGAACAUAGCCCCACUUCUCAAGACUAUCAUGAUCUUGUUUACAAGAUCUCUUCGAAGGAAUAUGAUGCAGUUGUAGGUGAUGUGACCAUUUUAGCGAGCCGAUCCAAGUAUGUGGAUUUCACAUUACCUUUUUCAGAGUCGGGUAUUUCUGCUGUUGUGCCGGUAAGGGAUGAUAGGAAGAAUGCUUGGAUUUUCUUGAAACCUCUAAAGAACGAGCUUUGGAUAACAACCGGAGCAUUCUUCGUUUUCAUUGGUUUUGUGGUUUGGGUACUUGAACAUCGUGUAAACAAAGAGUUUCGAGGACCCAAACACAAGCAAGUCGGGAUGAUAUUCUGGUUUUCCUUCUCAACUCUCGUUUUUGCUCAUAGAGAGAGGGUAACAAGUAACUUUACAAGAUUUGUGCUGAUUGUGUGGGUUUUCGUGGUUCUGGUGCUGACAUCAAGUUAUACAGCCAGCUUAACAUCUAUGUUAACAGUGCAACAGCUUCAACCUACUAUAACAGACCUUAAUGAUCUCAUCAAGAAUGGAGAAUAUGUUGGGUACCAAGAAGGUUCCUUUGUCAAAGACGUAUUGAAGCGCAUGAAUUUUGACAGCUCCAAGUUUAGAAGUUAUCGUUCAUUGGAAGAGUAUAAUGAUGCCCUCUCAAGAGGGAGUUUAAAUGGAGGUGUUGGUGCAAUUGUUGAUGAACUACCUUAUCUCAGACUCUUCCUCAACAAGUACUGCAGGAAGUAUAUUAUGGUCGGUCCGACAUACAAGGCUGCUGGCUUUGGAUUCGUAAGAAUGUCGCACUCCAGUGAUGUUUCAAAACGCGUUUACAUUUGUUUAGUAUGGUUUGGUUUACUCAAUAACCUUUUAUUUUCCCCCAACUUCUGGCAGGCAUUUCCAAAAGGAUCUCCUUUGGUACCUGACGUCUCAAGAGCAGUCUUGCAGGUGAUGGAAGGAGAGUUGAUGAAUAACAUAAUACAGAAAUGGUUUGGAAAUGAAACAGAUUGUCCACAGAAAGAUAUAAUGGCUAUGGAAUCUAGCCUCACGCUAGAUAGUUUUAAGGGUCUUUUCCUCAUAGCUGGUGUAUCAGCAGGCUCCGCUCUUCUCCUAUUCUUCCUCAUCUUCGUUUAUCAGAAUAGAGAAAUCUUAGCCACUGAUGAUUCAGUAUGGCAAAAGCUUUCUGCAAUAGCAAAUGUUUUUGAUGAAGAGAAAGACAACUCUAAUUCUAUGUCAGAAGAGCCAUCUGAAGGCAAUGAAAUCCAAACUGCUACGCUAUUUGCAGAAAGUGAACCUUCUACUGAAAUAUUGCCCGAACUUCCUUUGCAAAGCCCAGAAAUCAGAAUUUCUGACGGCCUAGGAGCAUCCCCUGCUGCUGAAGUGUUCUCUACAACAGAACCUGGAACUCCAGUUCAUGAAACCAUUACAGGGUCAAUUGAAGCAAGAUGAGCUAGGUUUAAAAUAGUUAAACCAUAUUAUAUUUGCAUUAAGAGACGGCUCUAGAAUUUAGACUUGAUGGGUUUUACCUUCAAUAUCUUACAAUUGACUUCCUUGCACUUUUGUAACAUGAGUUCAAAAUUUAAUAUUUAUUGAAAGUUUACUA